CAGAUUGUGUGAACUGGGAUCCCAUGGUUCUAGGGAUUAGGAAUAUCUUCUGCAAAAGGGCGGAGGCUAGCUCUCAGCCUGCUCAGUCACACUUCCCGUGGUACCGGGAUUGAGUGGAGCACUGGGUGAAAAUCAGUGGGUUAGUGCACAAGCUGUCCCCUUAAUGGUAGUUAAGAGACAGUCCUCCUGUUGGCAGAGCUACAGUUUCAUGGCCAUGCAGUACAAAGUGCCAUUGUGAGACUAUGGACUAAUCCAUCUAUGUGACACCAGGGACAUCGGUCCUAGGAGAAGGUGGGGUGAUCAGGACUGGACUGCAAAGGAUGCAUUUUCUAUGAAAUUGUACUGAGGACGUUCUCCUUGCAGAUUUUGAUCAGGAUGAGCCUCCAGGCCCCACCCAGACUACUGCAACUGGCGGGGCAGAGCCUGCUGAGGGACGAGGCCGUGGCCUUCCGUGAUGUAAAGGAGCUGCCAAGGGACUUUUUCCCACAACUAUUCAUGGAGGCCUUCACCAAGAGACAGAGAAAAGUCCUGACGGCCAUGGUGCAGGCCUGGCCCUUCACCUGCCUGCUUCUGGGGUCCCUGAUGCUGACCCCUGACCUGGAGACCCUAAGAGCUGUGCUGGAUGGGCUGGAUGUGCUGCUGGCCCAGAAGGUUCGCCCCAGUGGGUGGAAGCUGCGAGUGCUGGACUUAAGGCAAGUUGGUCAGAAUUUCUGGAGCUUCUGGAGCGUGUGGUCUGCAGCCCCUGUCCUGAUCUUGGAGGACUGUCUGAUCAGAGACUUCCAGCUCAGUCAGAUCCUACCUUCCUUAAGCCGCUGCCACCAGCUGAUGACCUUCAACUUCUGUGGCAAUCAAAUCUCCAAGGCUGCCCUAGAGAACCUGUUGCGCCAUACCCUUGGGCUACAAAGGUUAAAUUCAGUGACAUACCCUGUCCCCCAUGAGUGUUACCAUGGUGAUUUUGAGCAUAUCUACUGGGGGAGAUUUCUCCAGCUUCGGGCUUGGCUGAUGGAGAUACUGAGGGACACUCAGGCCUUAAGGCAGCCCGAGGUGAUUCUCUUCCGUACCCUGCCCUGCCUCCUGUGGCAGCAGGGCAUCCUAUGA